UUGUAUGAAUUAUUGGAGUUGGAGGAGAGGAAGAACAAGAUACUGUUUUUAUUUUCUAUUUUCAAGGGAAGAAGGAAAGGACCUGUUGAUAUUGAUUGAAAUGGGAAGCAAGGAAUGAUAAGAGAGAGAAAGAGAGAGGGCCACAAAAAGGCGAAGAAGCUGUGGCUCUUUUCGUGUUUGAGGAAAUCUGAGACUACUCUACUCUCUGAGAGGAAGUAAAAAGAAACCUUCUUUACUUAAGACACCAAUGGCAGGUGGUUUGUAGAUUAGGGAGUAGCUUCACCGAUACUGGGUCUGCCUUUUUUUAAAACCCCCCCAUUCUUUUGGUUGUUUGCUGGGAAAAUGCCAUUUGUUGCGCCCUGUCUGAUGGGUUUAAUUCCUCCCAAGUCUCAAGUCUAGUGUCCAAAGAAUUAGAUCGCGGCGUGGACAGAUCUGGGCGUUCUGUAAUAAAUAAGCAGCUAGAGCGAGAAUGGAGGCCAGUGCGGGAUUAGUGGCGGGCUCUCACAACCGGAACGAACUCGUUGUCAUCCGCCGUGACGGUGAAUCUGGCCCGAGGCCAUUGCAACAGUUAAGUGGACAAAUUUGCCAGAUAUGCGGAGACGACGUAGGACUAACUGUUGACGGAGAGUUGUUCGUGGCCUGCAACGAGUGCGCCUUUCCCAUCUGUAGAACUUGCUACGAGUAUGAGCGCAAAGAAGGAAAUCAAGUCUGCCCUCAGUGCAAAACCAGAUUCAAGCGCCUCAAGGGGUGUGCCAGAGUUGAGGGGGACGAAGAGGAAGAUGAUAUCGACGACGUCGAGAAUGAAUUCAAUUUCGAUGCGAGGAAUAGACAGGAAAUGCACCAUGCCUUUGCCGCCGAUGCGAUGCUUCAUUAUGGCCGUGCCUCCGACUCCGAUCUCCAUCAUGGCCUUCAUUUUACACCCCAAGUUCCUCUCCUUACCAACGGUCAAAUGGUUGAUGAUAUUCCUCCUGAACAACAUGCUUUGGUUCCUUCAUUCCCCGGUGGUGUUGGUGGAGGCAAACGGAUCCACCCUCUUCCUUUCUCGGAUCACGCCCUCCCAGUGCAACCCAGGUCCAUGGAUCCUUCCAAAGAUUUGGCUGCUUAUGGAUAUGGCAGUAUUGCUUGGAAGGAAAGGAUGGAGAGCUGGAAGCAAAAACAAGACAAGCUGCAGAUGAUGAAGAAGGAAAAUUCCGGCAAAGAUUGGGACCCUGAUGGGGAUGGCCCGGAUCUACCACUCAUGGACGAGGCAAGACAACCAUUGUCUAGGAAGAUGCCUAUUCCAUCAAGCCAAAUCAACCCUUACCGGAUGAUCAUCAUAAUCCGACUUGUUGUUCUUGGAUUCUUCUUCCAUUAUCGAGUUUUGAAUCCUGUAAAAGAUGCUUAUGCAUUGUGGCUCAUAUCUGUAAUAUGUGAGAUCUGGUUUGGAAUUUCGUGGAUUCUUGAUCAAUUCCCAAAGUGGCUCCCUAUUGACAGGGAAACUUAUCUCGAUAGGUUGUCACUUAGGUAUGAGAAGGAAGGCCAACCUUCUCAACUUUCUCCGGUUGAUAUAUUUGUGAGUACUGUUGAUCCAUUAAAAGAACCUCCUCUGGUGACAGCAAACACAGUUCUUUCCAUCCUUGCUGUGGACUACCCUAUUGACAAGAUCUCAUGUUAUGUUUCUGAUGAUGGUGCUGCUAUGCUGACAUUUGAGGCAUUGUCGGAAACAUCUGAGUUUGCAAAGAAGUGGGUUCCUUUCUGUAAGAAGUUCAACAUUGAGCCGCGGGCGCCAGAAUGGUACUUUGCUCAAAAGAUGGAUUACCUUAAAGAUAAGGUGCUUGCAUCAUUUGUAAAGGAGCGGAGAGCAAUGAAGAGAGAGUAUGAAGAGUUUAAAGUUCGAAUCAAUGCUUUGGUUGCCAAGGCCCAAAAGGUCCCAGAAGAAGGGUGGACAAUGCAGGAUGGGACUCUGUGGCCUGGAAAUAAUGUCCGGGAUCAUCCUGGGAUGAUUCAGGUGUUUCUUGGCCAAAGUGGAGGGCAUGACACGGAUGGAAAUGAAUUACCACGCCUGGUAUAUGUUUCUAGAGAAAAGAGACCUGGGUUUAAUCACCACAAAAAGGCUGGAGCAAUGAAUGCUUUGGUCAGAGUCUCUGCUGUGCUGACAAAUGCUCCUUAUCUGUUGAACUUGGAUUGUGAUCACUACUUCAACAAUAGUAAGGCUCUUAGAGAGGCAAUGUGUUUCAUGAUGGAUCCGUUACUGGGAAAGAGGGUGUGCUACGUACAGUUCCCACAAAGGUUUGAUGGUAUUGACAGGCAUGAUCGAUACGCAAACCGGAACACCGUAUUCUUUGAUAUUAACAUGAAAGGUUUGGAUGGCAUUCAAGGACCAAUAUAUGUUGGGACUGGUUGUGUCUUCAGAAGGCAGGCAUUCUAUGGUUUUGCUGCUCCUAAAGCAAAGAAGCCACCAACCAGGACAUGCAACUGUUUGCCGAAGUGGUGCUGUUGCUUAUGUUCUGGGAAAAGGAAGAAGAAGAAGACUAACAAACCUAAAUCUGAUAUGAAGAAGAAAAACUCUAGUUUGGGAGCAUCUGCACCUGUGUGUGCUUUGGAGGGUAUUGAAGAGGGCAUUGAAGGAGUUGAAGGAGAAAAGUUUACUCUGAUGCCUGGACAGAAGUUGGAAAAGAAGUUUGGACAAUCUUCUGUGUUUGUUGCAUCUACUCUGCUAGAGGACGGUGGGACACUGAAAAGUGCUAGCCCAGCGUCUCUGCUUAAAGAAGCCAUCCAUGUCAUCAGCUGUGGCUAUGAAGAUAAAACUGAAUGGGGAAAAGAGGUCGGCUGGAUCUACGGUUCAGUUACAGAAGAUAUAUUGACAGGUUUUAAAAUGCACUGCCAUGGAUGGCGAUCAAUAUAUUGUAUCCCUGAUAGGCCUGCAUUCAAAGGAUCUGCUCCCAUUAAUCUUUCUGAUCGUCUAAAUCAAGUCCUUCGAUGGGCACUUGGUUCUGUUGAAAUAUUUUUGAGCAGGCACUGUCCUCUCUGGUAUGGAUAUGGAGGAGGUUUGAAGUGGUUAGAGCGCCUAUCUUAUAUAAAUGCUACUAUAUACCCAUGGACAUCAAUUCCUCUGCUUGCUUAUUGUACUCUACCUGCUGUGUGCUUGCUCACAGGAAAAUUCAUUACUCCUGAGCUCAGCAACGUUGCUAGUUUGUGGUUUCUGUCUCUUUUCAUUUGUAUCUUUGCAACUAGUAUACUGGAAAUGAGAUGGAGUGGAGUUGGUAUUGAUGAGUGGUGGAGAAAUGAGCAGUUUUGGGUGAUUGGAGGAGUUUCAGCACAUUUAUUUGCUGUAUUCCAGGGGCUCUUAAAGGUUUUAGCUGGUGUGGAUACGAACUUCACUGUGACAUCAAAAGCAGGAGAUGAUGAAGCAUUCUCAGAGCUGUAUGCAUUUAAGUGGACCACCUUGCUCAUUCCACCAACAACCCUGCUAAUAAUAAACCUGAUUGGCGUGGUUGCAGGAGUCUCCAAUGCAAUAAAUAAUGGUUAUGAGUCUUGGGGACCUCUCUUUGGAAAGCUCUUCUUUGCCUUCUGGGUGAUUGUUCAUCUCUAUCCUUUCCUAAAGGGUCUGCUGGGCAGGCAGAACAGGACUCCCACGAUUAUCAUUGUCUGGUCGAUUUUGCUUGCUUCCAUCUUCUCCCUCUUGUGGGUUCGAAUCGAUCCGUUCUUGGCCAAGUCUGAUGGUCCACUUUUAGAAGAAUGUGGAUUGGACUGUAACUAGCAGGACAUUUACCUCCUUGGACUGGUAGUGGUCGAUGAUAGAUCAUAGAAAUUUAUCUUUUGGAUUGAUGAUACAACCAAGAAAAAUAUGUUUGGUGUGAUGGGGUCUGCGAGCUGUAGAUUACUUGUGUGUAUGGACAUGGAUGCCUCGUUUCAACUCCUCGUUCCAUCUCUUCGUUAGAGGGAAAUACCUGACGAGUCAAAGAUGAUCUUGGCUCUGUUGAUUGGUGGUGGGAGGACUUUUGUAAACCAGCUACAUCAGUGCUCUCAUUUCAUUCUUUAUAUUCAGUUUGAUUUAUAUGGGAAGAGGUACUGCAAUUCACACCACAGCUGCUGUGUAUUAUUUAUUCACACGGGUCACUUUCGCUUCCUUUCUUCUCUCUUUAUUUGAUUCUCAAUAAAAGUGGCCAUGUCGUGCUGCUUGUAAGUUGUAACUACAGAGCCAAAACUCAAACUUCUGGGACAGUUUUCUGAGUGCUGGGGCUUAUUCGUUUCGCCAUUUUUGUUACCGUUGCCUCUAAAUGUAGCAGCUAGCUAUGUUAUGGAACCAUCAAAGUAUCAGAAAAAAACUCAUAAAAGUUUUCAUUC